UGCAUCGAUCAUUAAGAGUGCAUUCUCUCCCGCUCUCUGAUCUUGCGCUUGUCACACUCCCAGAACCCGACGGGAUUCAUGAUCGGAAUGUCCUCGUUGCAGAGUUUGGGGUGGGCAGGGAGGGAGUGAGGGCGGGAGGACUAGGAAUUUGGUGCGAUGGAAUAGCGAGAGAGUUGAUUCGUGCAGAUCGACGCUGUGCUAGAUUUUCCGCUCCAAUCUUGGUAAUCGAAGCUGUUUUGUGCUAGUGAGCUAGAGAUUGCUCCAUUGGUGAUUGUUGUGCGUUUGCGAGUGCUACAAGUCGGCUUCUGCUCCGAGCUUGGUUGACUAAAGGGGAAAAGGGAAAGGACUGCUCGCAUUACAUUCUGUGCCUGUGUGAGCACACAUGGGCUGAAGACGAUGAAUGUGACGUCGCGGAUAGUAGUGUAGCUUUAGAGUUUUGCAAUUUUCUCAUUUGCCUCGUAUUCGAGGCUGGCCAUUACUGGAAUGGUUUGUGAACAAUCGUCUGGGAUUCGUAAGCUCUCGUUUGUAACUUGGCAGGUUGCUGUGCCUCUAUGUGAACGCGCGAGCGGUGUUUCUUGAGGAUCAGCAUUUGAAGGAGAUGGUUGUACUUCGUUUCGUGUCCAGUCAUUCGCAGGCAUGAGCCCUGUUGCGAAUGCUGACAGGAAUAGAUGGCGAAUGACUCAGAUCUUUCUACAUGAUCUUUUUGGGAUUGGAUGUAACCUCUAGAAUUUUAGCCGUCCACUUGAUUCACAAAUCAGUGCACAAAUGUGCGAAACAAUGGAGAGAACCAACAGCCACGAUUCGGGGUCCUCUGACGGCUCUGGAUCACUCAAUACAUCUAUGGACAAGGAGGCUACACAGGCUGUGCAAGUAGCCCUCAAUGUGAGACCGCUAAUCACACAAGAACGUAUUCAAGGAUGUAAAGAUUGCAUUCUUGUAGUCCCGGGAGAGCCGCAGGUGCAAAUUGGGAGCCAUUCCUUUACUUUUGACCAUGUUUUUGGAAGCACUGGAACUCCAUUAUCGACAAUAUUCGACCGCUGUGUUGCACCUCUUGUGGAGGGACUUUUUCAUGGUUACAAUGCGACUGUCUUGGCCUAUGGACAGACAGGAUCGGGGAAGACCUACACCAUGGGCACGGCCUACACCGUCGGAGGUAAUUCAGAUGGAGUAAUACCGAAGGUCAUGGAGACAAUCUUUAACAAAGUUGAGACGCUGAAGGACAGUGCUGAAUUCAACCUAAGAAUUUCAUUUAUUGAGAUUUUAAAGGAGGAAGUACACGAUCUCCUGGAUUUCAGUCCGCCUUCCACAGAACUUCCUACCUCAAACGGAACUAAUGGCUUGGCAUUUGGCGGAGGGUUGAAAACAGGAGCAACAGUGAAGCCGCCUAUCCAAAUCAGAGAAACAGGUAAUGGUGGUAUUACUCUAGCUGGCGUGACUGAGACCGAAGUCACUACCUUAGCAGAAAUGGCAAUUUGCUUGGAGCAAGGUUCCCUUUGUCGGGCCACUGGGAGCACCAAUAUGAAUUCAAGUUCCAGUCGGUCGCACGCAAUUUUUACCAUCACAGUUGAGCAGAAGCGAAAAUGGGACUCGCCCACGGCUUGUGCAGGAGUAUUGGAUGACAGCAGUGACGAUUAUCUCUGUGCAAAGCUUCACCUUGUUGACUUGGCUGGUUCAGAAAGAGCUAAACGAACUGGGGCUGAUGGCAUGCGCUUUAAAGAAGGUGUCCACAUAAAUAAAGGUCUUUUAGCCCUUGGAAAUGUGAUCAGUGCCCUUGGUGAUGAUAAGAAGCGGAAGGAAGGAGGGCAUGUCCCGUACCGUGAUAGCAAACUCACUCGGUUGUUGCAGGAUUCAUUGGGAGGCAAUAGUCGGACUGUCAUGAUAGCUUGUGUGAGUCCAGCCGACUCAAAUGCUGAGGAGACGCUGAACACACUGAAGUAUGCGAAUCGGGCCCGUAACAUUCAGAAUAAACCCACGGUGAACCGUGAUCCUAUGGCUGCUGAAAUGCAGCGCAUGAGGCAUCAGCUGGAGUUGAUGCAAGCAGAACUUAUUUGUGCACGUGGUGGAGGCCCAUCUUCCGCAGAUGUUCAAAUCCUAAAGCAGAAAAUUGCCUGGCUGGAGACAAGCAAUCUCGAUUACCGUAAGGAACUUGAAGAGAAUCGUGCACGUUUGGCACAACUGUCCCAACAAGCCGUAGAGUCGCAGGUUUCUAGGGAUAAACUUCAGCUCAAACUUGAUCAAUUGCGGUCUGGUAAGACUUUUCAGGAGCUGGAUGAGGAAGACAGUACCGCGACUGAGGACAUGCUCAAAGACUAUGUUUCUAAGAUUCAAGAACUGGAGACUGAAUUACAUCAGUAUCGAUGCUACCCAAAAGGUUUCAAGUCCCCCUCGGCUGCAAAUCUUAGCGAUAUUUGUUCGGCGACGGAGUUCGCUGACGGUGUUCUCCCUUCAGCCAAUGUUCCUGAGGUUGCCGAGGCAGAAGUUCAAGCAAAAGAAUGGGAGCACACUGUGCUCCAAGAGAAUCUCGAUAAAGAACUUAAGGAACUCGACAAAAAACUUGAGCAGAAAGAGGCGGAGAUGAAAUCGUUUUCAAAACCUGAGACAGUGGUUCUGAAGCAGCACUUCGAGCGCAAGCUGGUAGAACUGGAAGAGGAAAAGAAGAUGCUGCAGAGAGAACGUGACACAUUGAUGACGGAACUCGAGUCUCUAGCAACAACAUCUGAUGAACACACUCAUAAGUUGCAAGAAUCUUACGGUAACAAAUUGAAGACACUUGAGAGCCAGAUCGCGGACUUGAAAAAGAAGCAGGAGAAUCAGUCUCAUCUACUCCGGGCUAAACAGCGCAUCGAAGAAAGCGCCAAGCGCCUGCAAGAGGAGAUACAACGUAUCAAAGCUCAUAAGGUACAACUUCAGCAGAAACAAAAACAAGAAUCGGAGCAGUUUCGCGUCUGGAAAGCACAAAGAGAGAAGGAGGUUCUCCAGCUUCGUAAAGAAGGGCGUCGAAACGUGUUCGAGAUGCAGAAGCUUCAGGCUCUACAUCAACGGCAAACCAAGGUUUUACAGAGAAAGACUGAAGAGGCUGCAGCAGCUACUAAACGACUCAAAGAUCUCCUUGAAGCAAGAAAGUCCUCCAAAGAAAAUUGCACCAAUGGAGCUGCAAACGUCAACGGAUCUGGCGCUCAGAGCGAGAAAGCACUGCAGAAUUGGUUGGAACAGGAGCUUGAGGUUGCAGUCCGUGUACACGAGGUUCGCACAGCUUAUGAGAAACAAAUGGCAGAGCGGGCAGCUUAUGCUAAGGAACUGGCCGAGCUGAGACAGGAGGAAGAUAAAUCAUCUAGCGACCCUGAUGAGAAUCCUACUUCUAGGUCUGCUGACAAGGAGUGUGUAGGUUCCACUCGUAGUUGUAGAAUUACCUUGCUGGAGAGUAUGCUCACUUCAUCCUCCAGCUCUCUGGUGGCUAUGGCUUCCCAACUUUCGGAAGCUGAGGAGCGGGAGCGGAAUUUCAGCGGGCGAGCUCGUUGGGCUCACCUGCGUUCUAUGGGCGAUGCAAAGAAUCUUCUUCAUCUAGUUUUUAAUGCAGCAUCUCUCGCUAGGUGUCAAAUUCGGGACAAAGAAGAAGAGGAAAAGGAUACCAAAGAGAAGAUUGCUGAAUUGGAGGAAAUAUUGCGACAGAGUGAGAUUGAUCGACAGGACCUUGAACAGCAACAUCGGUUGAAGGAACAGCAAUUUACAGCUGCACUUGCUGCAGCUACGAAGGUUCAUAGUGGUUUCGGGGCUGUGAAGAGGCGAGAUGUGGAGAAGGUAUCUGUCUUGACUAAAUGGAGACAGUCUUCAGAUCCUUCUAAAGACUCUAGCUCAGGAAGCGAAAAAUCUUCAUAUGCCCUUCGAAAGGGAUCCCGAGAUGCACGACGUAAUGUCUCGGAUACUGAGUGGGAUUCGGAUGUGCACUUAUCUGACAACGAUCUGUCCAUGGAGGAUUCGGAUUCAGAUUGGCAAGACAAGUAUGCUAUUCGCAGGAACAACUCCUCAUCAGGAUCUGGUCGUUCCACUCACAAAGGUUAUAUGUCCAGAAAGAUGAUCAGCAAUGGUGCUGGUCUUCAUCCUCGGGGAAAAGAGAAAAAUGGAGCGCCUAUCGAGGGACUUUCUAUCUCAAAAAGGAAUCAACCUAAUUUUGAUAGUGGCGAGCAUACCCCAAUCCAAGCCUCCAAAUCCGCAUCCGUCCAUUUUGGGAGUUAUGUUAUCGACGAGGAACCUAUUACUCCUGAAAGGUUAUGUUCCUCGCCGAGUUCUUCGAAUGAGUUCCAAGGGUCUAUUCCAUUCUCAUUUGAAAUUGCUCAGUUGGAACAGUCCCCAGUAGGGGAAGGAAGCGAUAGGCGUCUGUCGCUCGUCGGUAUUCUGGAUGAGGUGGAAGCAGGUGCUAGGCGUGCUGAACGCGCUAUGGCUGCUGAAAGAGCUGCAAUGGCUGCUCAAGCCGCUGCCUUGCUUGAUUCUGCAUUUCAGGAGGCAACCAGCCCCAUCGUAGGGCGUGCUCAGGGUGGAGGUCAUCUAGGUUCUGGGGAGGAAAGUGAUGGCGAAAGAGCUCGUCGUCGACCUUUGUCUGAUCUUGGAAACAUUAAGAUGCUCAGCAGCCAAGGCAAGCCUAAGCGUAAGCAACGCCCCACGUUCAAUCUUGUAACCCAGGAACCGAACCUCCCGGCUCAAGCAGACCCGCCAUCUCCACUUCCAUCUUCUAUUACGUCCCUCAUAUCGGCCCGGGCAUCAUUGAUGAAUGCAACUACACCGAAGAAGAAUAACUCUAACGGUACUACUACAUUUUCAGAUCGCCCAAGACCAGUACCUCUACCUCUUCCCCCAGGGAUUGACGCCCUGAGCACCUCCAGCCCCUCCCGUAGGCCUCCGCCACACGAGUCUGUGAUCACUGCCAGCAGCCCUCUUCGCACGACCCCAGCCUUCGAAGCAUCAUCCUAUACAGCGAGGAGCCCUUUACGUUCAGCCCCGAGCUUUGAUCCAGCAAUAACCCCUAGCACCCCUGUACGUUCAGCUCCGACUCAUGAAUCACCAUUUAUUUCAAGGAGCCCUUUACGUUCAACGCCAAGUUUUGAACCAGCGAUGACUCCUAGCACUCCUUUACGUUCAGCUCCGACCCAUGAAACGCCGUUUAGUGCAAAGAGUCCACUUCGUGCUGCUUCAUCGUGUGAACCAUUGAUCAGUGAGAAAAGCCCUCUCCGUGCUGCUUCGUCAUAUGAGCCAUUGAUCAGUGAGAAAAGCCCUUUACGCAUGCUUCCCAGUUAUCAGCGAAGAAUUACUACUCCAAGCGCGAGUCCAAUGAAGCUCACGCAGAAUGGGACUGGAGAAACAGAUUCAAGGCAGCAUACGCUUGGGGCUUCCGAAUCGAGAGUCAGUGCGUUUGGGGCGACUGACUCUAGAACUUCUAAGCCUGACGUCGAGUCAACAAGGAGCAGCGUCCUUGCGGGUUUUGAAUCUAUCAGGUCUAAGAAUGGGGCAUUCUCAAGUAUGGAUCUGAUGCGGAGCAAGAACACAGUUGCCGGGUCCACUAGCAGUCAAUCCGGGAGUUCCAGAAAGAAGGAAUCUGUGACCGCUAGUCCAGCUGCGAAACGGGAGAAAGAAAACAUUCGUUCCACUUUACGGCGGUGAUAAGCUGGAUUCCGAAUCUGGUUCGUAUUUCGACACAUGCAAGAUUCCAUAACAUACGCCGUGUUUCGUAAAAUGUAUAAAAAAAUUAGAGAAAAUACGUUCAUGGUUUGAGUGAAUAGUGAAGUCCACGCUUUCCAAAGUGGAGGAGACGUCUCAUCAAUUCUUGCAGAUAGGAGCACGACAUUGUUUGGAGUGAGUACGUUGAACGACACAUGACUCCUUGAGUGUUAAUAGAUCCGCCUGUCCAUGUGCAGCUCAUUCCUUAUUAGAUUAGUCAUUCUUAUCAUUUUAAGUCUUAUUUUAGGUCUUUUAAGUCCAUUUUAGGACGUACAUUGAAUGGUUGAUUGUUACCCCAACAUAGCCGCUAUAUUUGUUUAAUAGGUGUGAUUAUCCCUGUGCAUGCCAUGAAAGUAUGGAGCAUGUCAAUGAUCUUGUUCUCCGCAUUACAGCAUGUAGAGAAUUCAUUUACAGUGGGCUCUCACCUCAUCAUUUAAGAUCACUUUCAUGUUUCACUCUUU